GUCUACGGAUCGGAAAGGACGCUCUACAUCCAGGACGUGACGCAGAAUGACGCCCGCUCGACCUUCCGCUGCAGAGUGAGGCACAGGGCCGCCCACACGCCCGUCACCAGCCCGCCCGCGUCGCUCACGAUCCAAGCCGCCCCCGCCGCCGACAGCCCCCCCAGGAUGGAGGCGGACCUGCCCCGCAUGCUGGAGGUGGUGGAGGGCCGCGCCUUCACCAUCCCCUGCCUGGCGCGCGCGCACCCGCCCCCGCACUACAGCUGGUCCCGCGACGGCGUGGGCGGCGAGCUGGGCAGCGUGGGCGGCAGCGUGGGCGUGAGCGCCGGCCGCGUGUGGGUGCGAGGCGCGGUGGCGGGCGGCGCGCGGGCGGGACCCAACGACGGGGGCGGCUACACGUGCGUGGCGGCCAACGGAGCCGGCACGGACACCGCCCACUUCACCCUCGCCGUCGUGCAGGAGAUCCAGGUCUCCGCCCACCCGCCCGCUCAGACGGUCUCCGCCGGCAGCCGCGUCAGCGUGCGGUGCCGCGUGCAGGGCUCCCCCGUGGCGGAGGUUCGCUGGUACAAGGACGGCUCUCCGCUGCACACCCACACGCACGCCCACCUCAUGCUGCAGGGGCGUGACACGCUGGUGAUCACGGGCGUGGGCGAGCGGGACGCGGGCAUGUACCAGUGCGUGGCGGCCAACAGCCUCGGCGAAGCUCAGGCGUCCAGUCAGAUCAGCAUCCGAGACUCCGUGCCCAGCCUCCGCCACACGUUCAUCGAGCAGACGCUGCAGCCGGGUCCUCCCGUGUCCCUCAAGUGCACCGCCCUCGGCCACCCGACGCCCGUCAUCACUUGGACGCUGGACGGCCGCCCACUCACGCCCUCCAGCGGGCACUACGGCGGCCAGCGGGUGAGCGUGGGCGCGUGGGUGGACGUGGGCGGCCAGGUGGUCAGCCAGGUGAACAUCAGCAGCGCCGGACACAUGGACGGUGGCCUCUACGCCUGCGCCGCCGCCAACUCCGCCGGCAGGGUCGAGCACAGCGCCAGGCUCAACGUCUACGGCCCCCCCAGCAGCCGCACGCCCUCCAACGUGACGGUGGUGGACGGGGCGGAGGCGACGGUGGUGUGCCCCGUGGCCGGCUACCCGAUCAAGGCCGUGGCGUGGACGCUGCACGGCCGCCCCCUGAGCCCGAAGCCGCGCCGGUCCCCACGGGCGGACGGCAGCCUCGUGUUCCAGAGCGUGGAGGCCGAGCAGGACGUCGGCCGCUACACGUGCACGGCCUCCAACGCGCAGGGCAGGACCGCCACCGCCUCCUUCAUCCUCGACGUCCUCAAGCCGCCCGUGCUGGCCGAGCUCAAGUUCCCCGCCGGCCUGGUGGAGGGCAUGCGGUUCUCCCUCUCGUGCUCGCUCCUCAGCGGCGACCUCCCCAUCAGCCUGCGUUGGGAGAAGGACGGGCGGCCGCUCCCCAGGGACCCCGUGCUCACGGAGACGCACUCGCAGUUCUUCACCAACCUCGUGUUCACCGACAUCCGCGGGAGGCACGCUGGAGAGUACACCUGCACGGCCUCCAACGCCGCCGCCUCGUCCUCCGUCACCGCCACCAUGCACGUGCGCGUGCCGCCCUCGUGGGUCGUGGAGCCGCAGGACGUGGCGGUGGUGGGCGGCGAGGAGGUGGCGCUGGAGUGUCACGCCCGCGGAACGCCCACGCCCACGGUCUCCUGGAAGCGGUCGACGGAUGUCGCUGGCGCAGAGGACUCCGCCUCUGUAGUUGGCGACGGAUGGCGCAUAAGGACGCCCAGGACGGGGUCCCUGAGGAUUAGGGACGCCCGUGCGGAGGACAGCGGGAGGUACAUGUGCCACGCCCAGAAUGGAGUCAACCCGCCAAUCUCCAAAACCAUUUCGCUCACGGUUCUUGAGGGCGCGCGCGUGGAGGAGCGCGUGGUGAACGAGUCGGCGGCCGUGGGCGACGCGCUGAGCCUGCGGUGCCCGGCGCGCGGCGACCUGCCCCUCGCCUUCACGUGGGCGCGCGACGGCAUCACGCUCGCAGGGUCGGGUCCUUCGGGCAUGGAGUUCCGCGUGCAGGACGGCGGCCGGACGUCGGUGCUGCUCAUGAACCCGACGACCCGCUCGCACGCCGCCGUCUACACGUGCCAGGUCGCCAACCGCUACGGCACCGACUCCAGGACAUUCUUCGUCAACGUCGUCGAGAGGCCGGACCCCCCCGCCCACGUGCACGUGAGGGAGGUGACGAGCCGCCAGGUGUCGCUGGCGUGGGCGCCGCCCUUCGACGGCAAUUCGCCCCUCACCCACUACAUGCUGCAGCACUGGCCCGCCCGCGGUGUCUCGCCGCCCACGCCCACCAACACCACGCUGCCGCCCGACCUGACGGAGGCCACGCUCAAGGGCCUCUCCCCCGGCCAGGCCUACCACGUGCAGGUGCUGGCAGUGAACGCCCGCGGGUCCUCGCCGCCCUCGCCCACCCUCAGCAUCACCACCCUGCAGGAGCCGCCCACCGCCCCGCCCACGCGCCUCCGAGCCAGCGGGCGCCAGCAGGCCACCAUCAGCCUCUCGUGGCAGGCCCCAGCGGCGCACCUGAGUCCCGGCGAAGUGACGGGCUACCAGGUGGGCUUCCGCGAGGCCGACGAGGGCGAGGCCUCCGAGUACCGGUGGCGCAGCGUGCGAGGGGGAGCCAUGGCGGCCGAGAUCGGCAGUCUGCGCCACUACACCGCCUACAGCGUCACCGUCAGGGCCAUCAACCAGGUGGGCGCCGGCCCCCCCGCGCACCCCGUCACCGUCACCACCAGCCAGGGAGUGCCGUCCGCCCCCCCGAAGGCCGUGCAGUGCGACCCCCUCUCGUCGCAGGCGCUGAGGGUGCGCUGGAACCCGCUGCCGCUGAACCUCUCCAACGGCCCGGUGCAAGGCUACAAGGUCUACUACAAGAGGACCACCAACAUUGAAGGUUCGAACGCCGUGGAGGUGAAGCGAACCACGAACCUUGAGACGAACCUGCAGGGCCUCGGGCGCUUCACCAACUACAGCGUCCGCGUGCUGGCCUUCACCUCGGCCGGCGACGGCGUCAUGUCCGCGGCCUCCUUCUGCACCACGCUGCAGGACGUGCCCGGCGCGCCCUCCGCCAUCCGCGCCCUCCCCGCCGCCCGCGACCAGGUGGUGGUGUCGUGGCUGCCGCCCUCGCGCCCCAACGGCGUCCUGCUGCAGUACACGCUCUACUACAGGCCCCUCAAUGCCCAUCUGGCCACCCGCGACAUCGCCGUGACCGCCGACGUGGGCGCGGUGCCGUGGGUGGAGCUGAGCUGGAAGGUGGGCGAUCUGGACGCCCACGCCCGCUACGAGUUCUGGGUGACGGCGUCGACGCGGGUGGGCGAGGGCGCGGCGUCGAGGGUGGUGUCCGAAAGCCCGUCCACCAUCGUCCCCGCCCGCAUCAGGUCCUUCGGCCAGUCGGUGGAGGUCCGCGCGGGGUCGUCGCUGACGCUGCCGUGCGCCGCGGUGGGGUCGCCGCCGCCCUCCGUGUCCUGGUCCCACCAAGGCCGCGACAGCUCCCUGCACGCACAGACCCUUCCCGACCAGUCCCUGCACGCCUCCGUGGUGACGCCCGACAUCGCCGGCAACUACACGUGCCACGCCCAGAACCCGCACGGGCGCGACGAGGCGACGUGGGUGGUGCAGGUGGUACAGGCGCCGCCCCCGCCCGCCGUGAGGGUGCAGUACGCCACCGAGACGGCCAUCCACCUGUCGUGGGACACGUCGGGCGACGGAGGGAAGCCCAUCACAGGCUACGUGCUCCGCUACAGCCUCGAGACGGACCAGGCGUGGGUGGAGGAGCAGGUCGAGCCCGGGGAGACGAGCCACGCCCUCGAGAACCUGCGCUGCGGCUCGACCUACCGCGUGCAGGUCGCCGCCGUGAACCUGGUGGGUCGCGGGGAGCCUUCGCAGACGGUCAACACGAGGACGCGAGGAGCCGCUACCCUGGCGCCGGAGUCCGUGGUGGAGGUGGUGGAGGGCGGCGGCGCGCCUCUGUUCCUGGACCCGCACGUGCUGGCGCCCAUCGUGUCCGGCAUCGCGUGCACCCUGGCGCUCCUGCUCUGCGUCGGCCUGCUCAUCUCCAGGGGACGGGCGCGCUUCCUGAAGAACAGCGGCGGCGGCGGCGGCGGCGGCGGCGGCGAGGAGCGGCGGAGCAGCGGCGGCCCGACGUACUCGCGGUCCCUGGCGGAGAUGCAGAACCACCGCAACGACAGCCAGGAGCAGCUGUCGCCCGCCGCCCGCGCCAAGCACGAGGAGGCCUACACAGUGGAGGAGCCGUACGAGAUCUGUCCAUACGCCACCUUCAGCCUGCCCCCAACUGGUGGCGGAGGUGUUGGUGGAGGAGCCCUGGACUACACGCUUCAGUUUCAGACGUUUGGCCACCAGGACUGUUAUGAGGGCCAACCCCAGCCCUCGAGGUCCUCCUCCUUCAUGGGUGGGAAACGGCGCGAGGGUGGUGGUGGAGGUGGUGGUGGUGGUGGGGUGGGAGGAACCGGACACGCCCCUGGGCUCUGGCAAGGAAGAGUAACCAGAACACCACCCCCCCUCCCCCUCUUUGCAGAGAUCGCAUGCAUCUCAAGCCAGCAGACGCUCCCCAUAUCUUCCGUGGCUGUUCGCGGGCGCCCCUGUCGUCGAGGCCAGUCAGGUGAGGAAGGGCGUGGCUCUGACAGUGAGCAGGACACGAGUGGCAGUCCCGGGGCUACGCCUGCCCAUGGCGUGAGGGACACCUAUAAGGUCCCUGUGCGGCUCAGGAGAGGUGCAGACUUUAGCUUCCACCCUCCGGACUCCAGCACAGAGAGCAAUGACGAACGGUCCCCCGUCCCUCCCCGCCGGCCACCCCACCUCCAGCAGCAGCAGCAGCAACAACCACCACCACAACAACUACAACAGCAACAACAACAACAACAACAACAACAACCCGCCAACCCACAACCUCCCCACCAACCGCAUGCCCAUCCUCAGCAUGCACGUAGACACCAUGCCUUCACACCUGCCCAUGCUCAUGUCCUCAGGUCUAACACCCUGGAGAGUGUGUACUCGGUUGAGGGGGCUGUGGGAGGCCCCCUUCGCCCCCCCACUGGAUUCUCUGACUCUCGAGAAUUGUCAGAGGCCGAGUGCGACCGUGACCCUCGAGAGGCUAGUCUUGGGGCAGGACAGAAGGGGAGAGGACAGCAUCCAAGGCGAACAUUUGGGCCACGCACAGCUAACGACUACAGCAUCCACGUAUAAACCUUAAUGUAGGCUGUUUUCAUAUUGUAACACUGUAAAACUGUAAAUAUAAUUUCUGUGGAAUGUGAAAUAAACAUAUCAUUUUGCAAAA